AUGACGAAGAACGUGGAGGAGGCGUUGCGGCGGCCCAUGCUUGUGUACAGCAAGGACAGCGAGGUUUGCGGUACACGCGGGGAGGACCUCAGCGUGGCAGGCGUGCAGCUGCCAGAGUACGACGCGCAGGUUGGGGAUGAUGUUGUGUACCGCAGCGUGCAUUACAUUCAGGGCAGUACACGCGCGAGCCACACGCUCCCCGUGACAUCUGCAACAGGAAAUGCCGCAGCAACAAGCGCAUCAGCGUCCGCAGCAGCGGCGGGGCCAGUAGGCACCGUGGGGAGUCAGACUGCUCCGGGGACGGCGCACACAUUGUUAGCGAAGGAUGCGGCGGUAGAAGAGGAGGCGUUGUCGUAUUUUUCUUGCAUGCCAGCACGCGGGGCGUCCGUUAUUCAUGGCAUGGUAAAGUGCAGGGCGGUUACCUCGUUGAACAACUGUGUACCGUACGCCGGGCACAUGGAGAGUGAGUGCGCGCGGAAGAUGAUGCUAGCGCUGGGGCCUGUGCAUAUUCUGCGUGACGUUGCACAGACCUCCUUUCCACUGCGUUUCACGACCGUGAAAAAGGCACAUGUGUCGGCGCUUGUGUGUGGGGCUGCAUAG